AUGGGAAUCAGAAUCGGCGGUGGAGAAGAGGUGGAGGCUUUGGAAAAAAGAGCUGAUGCUGUUACAGUGACUAAUCUCGGCAGUCAGAAACAAGCACCCAUGUCUCCAUCAUUUUCUUCAUAUGAGCCGGUGAAGGCGAGUUAUGGAUCUAACGGUGAGGAGGAGGAAGAAUAUGAAUGGGUGGCUGUAGAUAAAGAGGUUGAUUUUGUUACGGAUAAAGCUCCGGAACUUGACGAAGUUGACGAUGCCUUCUCUGCACUUCGAUUGAUGUUCAAUGAUGAUGAUGAUGAUGAAGGCCAAGUUUCAGAGUCGGAGUCUGUGGAUUGGAUUGAGCCUCCGUUACAGCUCUGUAAUACUAGGCUUCUACAGCCGUAUAUGCUGGAUAGACUCUACGACGCCUUUCAUGUGUUUCAGACCGACCCUUCUGUUCAGAGAAUGGUUAUGUCCUUAGCUUCAGACAAGGCUGUUUGGGAUGCAGUGAUGAACAAUGAGGUUGUCCGGGAGCUCAUAAGCAAUGUUGGGAGGUCAGAAGAAGACUCUGGUUCAGCCGCAAAUUGUUGUAUAAGGAGGUUGUUUGAGCGGAGUGCCAUCAAAAUUAUGGAUACCAUGGAGAGAGUCACAAAGUACGUCACGGACCUCUUCAGUCUUGUUCCUGGAAAUGAGACGGUUGUGUUAGCUUCAGGUACUGCCCCAGUGAUAGAGAAGCUUCAGAUGACCGUUCUGCUCACCAUUGUUGUCCUUCUUAUCGUUUUAGUUACCCGAGUGACGAGAGGUAGAUAGUAUAAAAUACAUAGUCAAACUUUGAUCUCAUAUUACCGGGUCUGCUUUACAAUUGUGAGUGAGACCUCUGCCGCUGAAACCGCAGCAGAAGAAACAUGCUACUUUUGUUACUCUUGUGUAAUAAGAAAAACAGUGAUUUUCAAUCACAUAUACGUCA